UAAUCUCUCUCUCUCUCUCUCUCCCCAACACUCGACAAGCAGCUCGCAGAAAAACCAGUCUUUCUCCUGAGGCGCUCGAAUGGCGAAUCCAAAGGAAGUAGAGCUCUUGGGGCUCUGGGUCAGCCCCUUCGUGCGGAGGGUGGAGUGGGCAUUGAAGCUCAAGGGCAUAGCCUACGACUACAUCGAGGAAGACAUCCUCAACAAGAGCGCUCUGCUUCUGCGGCUCAACCCUGUUCACCAGAAAGUCCCUGUCCUCGUCCAUGCAGGCAGAGUGGUCUGCGAGUCUUUCCUCAUCCUUGAGUACAUCGACGAGACAUGGAAGCAGAUCCCUCUGCUCCCACGAGAUCCUUAUGACAGAGCCAUGGCUCGAUUCUGGGCUUCAGUCGCAGAAGGCCAGCUUUUGGCAAAUGCUUGGGUUGCUUCGUGCUCUGAGGGAGAGGAACAGGAAAGUGCCAUAAAACUAGCCACCGAAGCUUUGGGACACAUUGAGGGAGUGAUCAAGGGCAAGGCCUUCUUCGGAGGUGAAGGAAUUGGGUACUUGGACCUUGCAAUCGGUUGGGUCGCUUACUGGCUGCCCAUUUGGGACGAGGUCGGUUUGAUGAAGAUCUUCGACCCGACAAUGUUCCCAGCCACCGUGGCGUGGACUGGCAGGUUCAUCGAGCACCCUGUUAUCAAGGAAAACUUGCCGCCGAGGGACAAGACGGUGGUCUAUUGUCGCCAGAAGCGCAGCCAAAUGUUGGCUUCCAAGAGUCAUGCCUAAGCCAAGAUAGUUAUAAGCGAAGGUUCGGUUCUGGUUCAUAUAUAGCAUAAAGUGAUAGCUGAACAAUGAGCAAAUAAUGGUAAUGUGCUGGAUGGAACCAAAUAUUUCUAUAUAUACAACUUAAUGGAAUGGGCUGCAUAUUUUUC